UUUUAUUUAUUUAAUUUUUUAAACAAGUUCUAUUAGAAAGAAAGAUUUACUCUUGUUAUGUAUCAUAAAAGGCUUCUAUUUCUUCUUCUUAGUACUUGGUGGUUUAUCUUUCAAUUUUUAACUGUUCAAGCUAUUGAAAGCAAGAAAGUAGCUAUUGGUUAUUUCCCUAAUUGGCUUGGUGAUAGUUAUCCUAUCUCGAGAAUUCAAUUUGAUAAGCUUACUCAUAUUCAUUAUGCUUUUGCUAUUAUGGUUAAAGGUGCUGUACCUGAAUGGACUGAUCCACAGUUAGUUGAAACUCAACUUGCUGAACUUGUUACCGCGGCACAUAAAAGAAAAACAAAGGUGCUCAUCUCCUUAGGUGGUUGGACAGGAAGUAUAUCAUUUAGUGAAAUGGCUAAAAGCCCUUCUAAAAGAAAAGAAUUUAUUAACUGGAAUAUUGAACACAUUUCAAAAUAUAAUACGGAUGGUGUCGAUAUCGACUGGGAGUAUCCUGGAAGACAAGGCGCUGGUUGUAAUGUUGUAGAUCCUGAGAACGAUGUUAAAAAUCUUUUAACCUUAAUUACGGAAUUACGUAAAGCUUUAAAUGAUAAAUUUGGAAAGGGUUCUAAAGAAAUUUCAAUUGCCAGUUAUACUGAAGCUUUUAAGACUGAAUCUGGCCCCUCAAAUCCUCAUCUUACUGCUUCUAUUGGGAAAGCCCUUGAUAGAAUUAACAUCAUGACAUAUGAUAUGAAUGGUGCCUGGAAUCCACAAACAGGUCCUAAUUCUCCUUUGAAAUCAGCCAAUAUUAGUUUCAUAUCUUCUAUCGAUUUUUGGAUUUCUUUAGGUGUACCUGUUAAUAAACUUGUAGGUGGUUUAGCUUUCUAUGGUAGAUCAACAGUUGCUAAGGGUGACAUGACUAAAUCUAAUUCUAUCUAUCAAGAUCAAAUUCAAAAUAAUAUACCUAAAGGUGAUUCAGCAGAUACAUUAUGGCAAGAUCCCUACUGUAAGCAGUCUCCUGCCAGUUUUUCUGGUAUUUGGAAAUUUGAUAGUUUAUUAUCUCAGGGUCUUUUAGAAACUCCUAUUAAAGCAAAAGCUCCUUGGGUUCGUACCUUUGACAAAGAUACUGCUACUCCUUGGCUAUUUAAUCCUUCCACUAAAAUAUUUAUUUCUUACGAUGACCCUAUCUCAAUUGAGGCCAAGGUAAAUGCAGCAAAAAGAAAAGGUAUCGGAGGUGUCAUGGUUUGGUCAAUCGAUCAAGAUUCCAAUGAAAAUGAUUUAUUGAAUGCAUUAGCUAAAAUUCAUUCUUAAAAAGGAAACAAAAAAGAUAUAUUUUUUUUUCCAUUUAGAAGAAGAUAACAUUGUAUUGUAUACAUAAAUUGAAACUUAAUAAAGUAAAUAUUAACAUACUAUAUUAUUGCCUAAGUUAAUUUAAAAAAAAA